AUGGACUGCACAAGGAUCUCACCAGAGUGCCCUAUAGAAGAGACCAUCUAUGGCUACUACCCAAACCUCGCAGCCAAUGCCGCCUUUGCAGCCUUCUUCGGCGUCUUUAUGAUUGUCAACAUCUUCUUCGGUGUCCGCUAUCGCUCAUGGACCUUCCUUAUUGCUAUGACAGGUGGUUGCCUUGGUGAGGCGGUGGGAUACGUUGGUCGAGUGUUGCUGAAUGACAACCCUUUCAGCGAGGGUGGCUUUAAUAUGCAAAUCAUUUGCCUGACGCUGGCUCCUGCAUUUAUCGCUGCUGGAAUCUAUCUCACCUUGAAACAUGUCGUCAUCUGCUUCGGCGAAGAGCACUCCUACCUCAAGCCCAGAUACUACACCUGGUUGUUCAUUUUCUGUGACUUGGUCUCCCUCACCUUGCAGGGUGCUGGUGGAGGCAUUGCUGCAACCACGACCAACGGCUCGUCGGAGCAGGCCGUUGGAAACGAUCUGAUGAUGGCUGGCUUCAAGCUCUUCCUCGGAGGCUUUUUGCUCGCCUUUGUCACCAUGUUCAUUCGUUGUGUGUAUCGGAUCGCCGAGAUGGCUGGCGGAUGGGGGAAUUCAAUUAUGCAGAGUGAGUUGGAUUUCAUUGUUCUUGACAGUGUCAUGAUCACCAUCUCAGUUCUAGCAAUGACGAUCUUCCAUCCUGGCUACUGCUUUCCUCAAAUGGUUUCGCAAGCAAAAAGAUCAAGGCUUUCCGACAUUGAAAAGAAGACGUCUAGCGAGACUUCAGUGGAGGAAAGUUCUCAGCCGGCCAAGCGGUCUCGAUUUGGAAGAUGGCGUUCAUGA